AAGAGAAAUGCCUGUAUGAAUCUGUCUUUAAGGGUCAGGGUUACCAAGUCAUCAGAUGAUGUAAUGACGAUGUGUCCUACAAUUGUAACAGAAGACAGUAUGCAAGCACAACAUUUAGCUGCUACUUUGGCACUCUAUCAUCUAACCAAGGGACAGUCAGUUCAUCAGUUGCUGCCUCCUACCUACCGAGAUGUCUGGCUAGAGUGGAGUGAUAUUGAAAAGAAAAAGGAAGAAGAAAACAAAAUAGAAACUAACAAGCCUCGUGAUAACUUUAUUGCUAAAUUAUUAAACAAACUAAAACAGCAGCAGCAGCUACAGUCUGAAAAGCAGCCAGAAGUAUCUGAAGGUCCUGAAGAUUCCUGGGAGAAUCUAGUUUCUGAUGAGGACUUAAGCAGUCUCUCCCUUGAGACCACAGACAUCGAUAAUUUGGAACCUUCAAGGAAUUUAUUCAGAAAGCUGCAAAGUUCCUCCAGAUACCAAAAAUUUCUGAAAGAAAGACAGGAAUUACCUGUAUUUAAGCACAGACAUUCAAUUGUAGAAGCUCUUAAGAAACAUCGAGUAGUUGUUGUAGCUGGUGAAACAGGCAGUGGGAAGAGUACUCAGGUGCCCCAUUUCUUGUUAGAAGACUUGUUGCUGGAUGAGGGAACAAGUAAAUGUAAUAUUGUGUGCACACAACCCCGAAGAAUUUCAGCAGUGAGUUUGGCCACAAGGGUUUGUGAAGAGCUAGGCUGUGAAUCUGGACCUGGAGGAAAAAACUCCCUGUGUGGGUAUCAAAUUCGUAUGGAGUCAAGAACAGGAGAAGCCACCAGACUGCUAUACUGUACAACGGGUGUUUUGCUUCGGAAACUUCAAGAAGAUGGUCUUCUCUCAAAUAUAUCUCAUGUUAUUGUAGAUGAGGUACAUGAAAGAACUGUCCACUCUGAUUUCUUACUAGUUAUCUUGAAAGAGAUCUUGCAUAAGCGUUCGGACCUGCAUCUGAUUUUGAUGAGUGCUACUGUAGACAGUGAGAAGUUUUCCAGCUAUUUUUCACACUGCCCCAUUUUAAGGAUCUCAGGGAGAAGUUACCCUGUUGAGGUUUUCCAUGUUGAAGAUGUAAUUGAAGCAACUGGCUAUGUUCUGGAGAAAGACUCAGAAUAUUGUCAGAAAUUCUUAGAGGAAGAGGAAGAAAUAAUGAUAAAUAUUACUACAAAAGGAGGAGGCACCACAAAGUAUCAGGAGUAUGUCCCAGUCCAGUCUGGAUCUGGUAUUGAUUUGGCUCCUUACUAUCAAAAGUAUAGCAGUAGGACCCAGCAAGCAGUCUUCUAUAUGAAUCCUUACAAGAUCAACCUUGAACUUAUUUUGGAGUUGCUUGCAUACUUAGAUAGAAGUCCCCAGUUCAAGAACGCUGAAGGUGCUGUGCUGAUCUUUUUACCGGGCCUUGCUCAUAUCCAGCAAUUGUAUGAUCUCAUUUCAACUGACAGAAGAUUUAGCUUGUGUGAUAGGCACAGAUUGAUAGCUUUGCAUUCUGUUCUUUCAACACAAGAUCAAGCAGCUGCAUUUACAGUACCUCCUCUUGGCGUUAGAAAGAUUGUUUUGGCAACGAAUAUAGCAGAGACAGGCAUUACAAUACCAGAUGUUGUCUUCGUAAUUGAUUCUGGGAGAACAAAAGAAAACAGGUAUCACGAAAGCAGUCAGAUGAGUUCCUUGGAGGAGACUUUUGUUAGCAAAGCUAGUGCUUUGCAACGCCAAGGAAGAGCUGGGCGUGUUAGGGAUGGAUUCUGCUUCCGAAUGUACACAAGAGAGAGGUUUGAAAGUUUCAUGGAGUAUUCAGUUCCAGAAAUAUUACGUGUGCCUUUGGAGGAAUUAUGCCUUCACAUUAUGAAAUGCAACCUUGGCUCUCCUGAGGACUUCCUUUCCAGAGCAUUAGAUCCACCACAACCACAAGUAAUUGGUAAUGCAAUGAACCUGUUAAGGAAGAUAGGUGCUUGUCAGUUAAAUGAGCCCAAACUGACUCCAUUGGGCCAGCACCUUGCAGCCCUUCCUGUCAAUGUAAAAAUUGGCAAAAUGCUUAUAUUUGGUGCUAUAUUUGGCUGCUUGGAUCCUGUGGCAACUUUGGCUGCUGUUAUGACAGAAAAAUCACCAUUCACUACACCAAUUGGUCGGAAAGAUGAAGCAGAUCUUGCAAAAUCGUCUAUAGCACUGGCUGUCUCAGAUCAUAUAACAAUCUACAAUGCUUAUCUGGGGUGGAAAAAGGCUCGGCAAGAAGGAGGACAUCGUGCUGAAAUGACUUACUGUCGAAGAAAUUUCCUUAAUAGAACUUCACUUUUAACUCUGGAGGAUGUGAAGCAAGAACUCAUAAGGGUGGUCAGAGCAGCAGGGUUCACAGCACCUACAACUCAACAUCGAUGGGAUGGAAAUGGAGCCACACAAUCCCUGUCCCUCCAUGAAAUUGCUCUUCUUAAAGCUGUAUUGACUGCAGGGCUGUAUGACAAUGUAGGAAAAAUAAUAUAUACAAAAUCUGUGGACAUCACAGAAAAGCUGGCAUGCGUGGUGGAAACUGCUCAGGGUAAAGCACAAGUGCAUCCCUCCUCAGUAAAUCGAGACUUACAGAUACAUGGAUGGCUUCUUUACCAGGAGAAGGUGAGGUAUGCGAAAGUGUACUUGAGAGAGACCACUUUAAUAUCACCCUUUCCCAUUUUGCUUUUUGGUGGGGAUAUAGAAGUCCAGCAUCGGGAGCGUCUCCUGACAGUUGAUGGCUGGAUCCAUUUUCAGGCUCCUGUAAAAAUAGCAGUAAUUUUCAAACAACUGAGAGUUCUCAUAGAGUCUGUCUUACAGAAGAAACUUGAAAAUCCUAAAAUGUCACUUGAAGAUGAUAAGGUUUUACACAUCAUCAAAGAACUGAUAAAAACAGAGAAUGGUAACUGAAACUGGACAUAAGUAAGAAUCCAGAGCUUUGGUAAUGCCAGGAGAAAUGCACACUCCAACACUAAAUGAAAGUAUUUAAAUGAUUAGCUUGGUUAAUGCCAGUUAUGAUGUGGGAAGACUGCAUGAUUUCUUCAUAGAACUUACAUUUUUGUAUCAUCUUUAAAGAUGAAUGUGUAAAGAUUAAUAAGUUUAUCCUUUUAUGCCAGUGCCAUUUAUCAGAAUGUAUGAAUGAUGAUGGAAUCACAGAGUGGCUUUGGUUGGAAGGGACUUUAGAGAUAUCUAGUUCCAACUUCUCUGUUGUGGGCAGGGUUGCCACAGGUUAGAUCUGACUGCCCAGAGCCCUGCUUCAUCCAACUAGGAAUGAGGCAUUCACAGCUUCUCUGGGCAGCCUGUUCCAGUGCCUCAUCACCCUCUGAGUAAAGAAUUUCCUCCUAGAUUCCCUCUAAUCUAAAUCUCAUUUUAGUGUAAAAACCAUUCUCCACUGUCCUGUCAUUAUCAAACUGUGUUA